UUGCGACAUUAGUUCAGGAGUCAUAGGAGAAACUCUUCCAUUGUGGAUCGAAAUGGGAUUUCGUUGAACAACGAUCGUCAUCCCUCUCGCACGUCCGCGCAACGUCGGAUACGGGUUGUCCGUCCGCCUGUCUGUUUCACCGUUGUGGACAAAUAAUCAACAAUGCAAAGUGUAAUAAACUCUGUGAAGGGCACCGCGCUGGGCGUCGCUGAAUACUUGACACCGGUUCUGAAGGAGAGCAAAUUUCGAGAAACUGGUGUCUUGACACCAGAAGAGUUUGUAGCAGCUGGUGACCAUUUGGUACAUCAUUGUCCCACAUGGCAAUGGGCUACCGGUGAUGAGGAUAGGGCAAAAUCUUACCUACCUAAAGGCAAACAGUUCCUGUUGACUCGUAAUGUUCCCUGCACUCGUCGAUGUAAGCAGAUGGAAUACAGCAACGAGCAAGAAUGUAUUAUAGAAGCUGACGAUCCUGAAGGUGGUUGGGUGGACACCCAUCAUUAUGCCAGUGUCGCUGGCUUGGAUGAAAGAGUAACAGAAAUGGCACUGGAAGAGAGCUUAGGAGAGCCAUCUCAACUUCAGGAUAAUGCGGACGAAGAUGAAGAUGAUGAAGAUGCCGCUGAUAUGGAGGCUUUCGAAAUCAGUGGUAUGCUGGAUGAGCAGGAUAAGCACACGGCAACGGAAAACACUAAGAAAACCAGCCAUGAGAAACGAGAUUCAUUUACGGAAGGAGAGAUCAUUCGCACUCGUACUUACGACUUGUAUAUUACAUACGACAAAUAUUACCAAACACCUAGAUUAUGGUUGUUUGGAUAUAAUGAGAAUCGGAAGCCUCUUAAUGUAGAAGAGAUGUACGAAGAUGUUAGUCAGGAUCACGCUAAAAAGACAGUUACGAUGGAAACUCACCCUCACAUACCUGGUCCUCCUAUGGCUUCCGUUCAUCCUUGCAGGCAUGCGGAAGUGAUGAAGAAAAUCAUGGAGACAGUGAUGGAAGGUGGUGGAGAGUUAGGAGUACACAUGUACCUCAUAAUAUUUCUGAAAUUCGUUCAGUCCGUUAUACCAACGAUCGAAUACGAUUACACACAAAAUUUUAUGCUAAACGCGGCCGGCUAAAUGCAUCUCUAGUACUAAGUAUCAACGUUGUAUUGUGAUUAAUAUAAAUUGCUUAUCAUAUUUAAUGAAUACGCGCGAUAAUUGUGUAUCGAUGUUUGCUACGCUUUUCAUUAUAAAUGUGAAAAUCGUAAUUUUAUUCGAGAUUGUAAAAAGAUUCAAGAGAUUUUCGCGUAUCUUGAGUUGACUUUUGAAAAUCCGGAAAUUGUAAUAAGAAUAUUUCGAACAGUAUAAACAUGUAAGAAUCCAAAGAUAUGAAAUGUACUAGGAUCUCGAGCGUUUAGCAUUUAAGGAUCCAUUGUAUACUCGUCCUAAUUAAUUUUAAGUAAACAUGUACACCUCUACAAGAUACUUUUUUUACAUUGCAAGAUAUUAAGUUGAGCAAAUAUUUGACUUGACAACCGUUAGACAAUAAGUGCGAAAUAAAAGGCUACACUGAAAGCAACGAAAGGAAUUGACGGAGGCAGAGAAAUAUGAAAAUAAUUUCCUAUUUAUUAUACAGGAUGUAUUUUAUAAGUCUAUGUCAUAACUUUAGAAAGCGAAUCUUUGAUUUACUUGAGACUCAAAUUUGAUCACAUAAAUAGGUUUUUGGCAUUCAAAAAGCUUAGGAUAUUUAACAAAAUAGAACACUCUAACAAACUUAUAGAGCCGGAAAUCCAUUGGAUUAUGGAAAAAAAAAAUUUUUAAGUUUUAAUGUAGAUCCUAAAAUCAAUAAUUUUACACAUUGGAUAUUUACUACUGGAAAUUAAUUUUUGUCCUUGAAAAUCAGGAUUUUUAUGGGAUUUUAUUGAUACUUGGGAAUAUUUUGAAAACGUAUCAAAAUGGAAAAUAUCGUCAUCGCAUGGUUGCGAUAUUUUUAAUUCGAUUUGAUACAUCUAUUAAUAUUUAUUAGAUCAUUCAAGUUUUAAAGAUUUACGUCAAAUAUAAGAUAUUUAAGAAAAUAGACAUUUAAAAUUGCCUCUUGAAGUUACAAUGGACUUAAAAUACCUGUAUAUAAUUAAGAUACUUAUUUGUUAACUUAUUAUUUACAAAAAGCUUAAAUAUUUAUCAAAAUUGGUUAUAGCUAAUUAUUACGAAAAUAAAUUGGAAUAUUCCAAAUAUUA